AAUAUGCUUCAGAAGCACUGAAAUUAAGUCCUUCAUCUCUUGAAAAAUCGAAUGUUGGGCAAAUGGUAAAUCUUAUAGCAAAUGAUGUCAGCAAAUUUCAAAAUCAGACCAAUUCCAUUCCAUAUUUAUUUACAAAUCCUUUCUUCAUUAUCACUGCGAUAGCGAUGUUAUGGCAAUAUUACGGAUGGACUAUUCUAGUAGGAUUUUUGGCCAUAUUUUUCUACAUUCCUAUACAAUUUGCUUUGAGUAAAUUAUAUUCAAAACUGAGAUUACAAGCAGCUAUAUUGGGAGAUAAAAGAUUGAACCUGUUGAACGAGAUGAUUGCUGAUAUGAGAUUAAUUAAAAUGUGCACCUGGGAAUUGCCAUAUGCCGCAUUAGUUGAGAAAAUCAGAGAGAAAGAAGUGAAAAAAGUUCGAUAUUUUUCAUAUGCCAGAGGAAUAUGCGCAACAAUGUCAUAUCCUAUAUCAAAAUUAUACACUUCUCUCACAUAUCUUGCGUUUUUUUUUAAUGGAGGUCAAUUAAAUGCCCAAAUUGUAUUUAUCACUAUGACUGUUUCCAUGUAUAUAUUACUUAGCACUACCACUAUAUUUUCACAAGCAUUAAAUUUUGCUGCAGAAGUUUUGGUUUCGUUGAAGAGAAUUCAGGAUUUUCUCCUACUUCAAGAAAAAGAAGAGAAAACUCUCAAAGUUGUAGAAGAGAACGAAAAUUUAACUGAAUAUGGAAUAUGGAUGAAUGAUGUCACAGCUACAUGGAAAAAAGAAACCCACCCAACACUGAAUAAUAUAACUGUAAACGUACAACCCGGAGAAUUAUUAACUGUUAUAGGUCCUGUUGGAUCAGGAAAGACGUCUUUUUUAAUGUCCAUUUUGGGAGAGAUUCCUGUUUCUUCUGGUAAAGUGAUAAUAAAAGGAAAGAUCGCUUAUGCUUCUCAAGAGGCUUGGGUAUUCAACGAAACUAUCAGAGAAAAUAUCUUGUUUGGAGAAGAAUAUCAAGAAGAGAAAUACAGAAAAGUUUUGAAUAUAACUGCUCUAGAAAAGGAUAUAAGUGUGUUUCCAAAAGGAGAUCUAACUAUUGUGGGGGAAAGAGGAGUGAUAAUGAGCGGUGGGCAGAAGGCAAGAAUUAAUCUAGCAAGAGCAUUAUAUCUGGAUGCCGAUAUAUUCCUCCUUGAUGAUCCACUAAGUGCUGUUGAUGUUCCAGUGGCAAAACAUAUCUUCGAAAAAUGCAUAAUGGAAUAUUUAAAUAACAAGAUUUGCAUUUUAGUUACACACCAAGUACAAUUUUUAAACUCUGCAAGUAAAAUUUUAGUGUUAGAAAAUGAAAAUAAGAAUAUAUCAUGUGAGGAUGAAGUUGGAACAAUAGGAAUUUCAGUCUAUAAAGAAUAUUUUUAUGCUGGGUCAGGUUUUCUCUUCAAGAUAUUCUUAUUACUAAUUCUAGUUGUAGCACAAUCCGUUGCAACUUUCAGCGACUAUUGGCUUGUCAAAUGGUUAAAUAACAAACGGCUCCAUACAGAAAAUGUAAAUAAUGUUGAAAAUAUGACGUUUAAGUCGACAAUGUUUAACAAUAGUGAACCCAAAAUUUUAUAUUAUAGUGAAGAAUAUAAUGUUUAUGUUUACUUCGGACUAAUAUGUGCAGUGUUCUUUACAAUGAUGAUAUCUGUAUUAUUAUUGUAUAAUUUUUUCAUCGCUGCAUCUUUUCAGCUGCACAACAAUAUGUUCCAUUGUAUUAUUCGAACUCCGAUUUCAUUUUUGGAUAACAAUCCUGUUGGAAAAAUUUUAAAUCGGUUUUCCAAAGACGUAAAUAACUCGGAUGACUUUUUACCUAUCAACUAUAACGUUGCGUUAAAAGCAUUUUUUCUGAUCGCUGGAAUAUGUGUUCUUGAAGCAAUCCUAUGUCCUUACGUUCUCAUAUUGAUAUUGUUGCUUUUAAUAGUAUUUUAUGCUAUAUCGACGAUUCACAGCCGUGUACUGAAAGGCAUAAAACUUAUGGAAGGAAAAUCAAGAAGUCCAGUAUUUUCUCAUCUCAGUGUAUCUCUUUAUGGACUGACAACAAUUAGAGCAUUUAAAGCUGAACAUAAAUUUAAAUCCACUUUUAGUAAGUAUCAGGAUAAGCACACUGCAACGUGGAUUGUUUACCUCGCAUUAAAUCGAUGCCUUUCUGUAUAUGGUUACAUCAUCUGUUACAUAAAUGUACUUAUUACUGUUAUUAUUUUCAUUUUAUCGAUUUAUCCAGAUGAUGCAGGAAGCCAAAUUGGACUCGUUAUGAGUUAUGGAGUAUUAUUUGUUUUGUACUUUCCCCUCCUUAUUAGAUAUUCAUCUGAAGUAAAUUUUCAGAAGAAAGCUUUAAUUCCGUUUUUCAAAAAUGGUGAAAACUGUGUCAGUUUUAACGUUAAAAUUUUACUUUAUUUCAUUAAUUUUAUAAANCAAUGCCUUUCUAUGUAUGGUCACAUCAUCUGUUACAUAAAUGUACUUAUUACUGUUAUUAUUUUCAUUUUAUCGAUUUACCCAGAUGAUGCAGGAAGCCAACUUGGACUCGUUAUGAGUUAUGGAGUAUUAUUUGUUUUGUAUUUUCCCCUCCUUAUUAAAUAUCCAUGUGAAGUGAAUUUUCAGAUGAAUUCUGUAAAACGUAUACUGAACUACAGCAAAUUAAAACUGGAAGCAUCAUACGAAAGUUCUCCUGAUAAACAACCACCUGCAGAUUGGCCACAAAAAGGCGAAAUUUAUUUUGAUAAUGUUUCUUUACAAUACUCCAAGGAUAAAUAUACUAUUCUGAAAAAUUUAACCUUUACUAUUAAUUCCGGAGAAAAGAUAGGAAUUGUUGGGAGAACAGAAGCAGGAAAAAGUUCUAUAAUUGCUUCGUUAUUUCGCAUGACAGAGCCAUCAGGAACAAUAACCAUCGAUGGAAUUGUCACAAAAGAUAUUGGUCUUCGGGAUCUACGCAGUAAAAUAUCCAUCAUUCCUCAAGAUCCAAUGUUAUUUACUGGUCCACUUCGAAGAAAUAUCGAUCCUUUCAAUGAAUAUUCAGAAGAAAAACUUUGGCAAGCUAUAGAAGAGGUGCAAUUAAAAGAAGUUAUCAGUACGUUGCCUGGAGGAUUGGAUACACAUUUAUCAGAAGGAGGACGAAAUUUCAGUGUAGGGGAAAGACAGUUAAUUUGUCUUGCCAGAACAAUACUUCGCCAGAAUAAGAUUCUUGUCAUGGACGAAGCAACAUCUAAUAUAGACAAAAAAACUGAUUCCUGCAUACAAAAAAUAAUUCGAGAAAAAUUCAAAUCGUGUACCGUGUUGACAAUAGCCCAUAGAUUACAUACAAUUAUCGAUUCGGACAGAGUACUGGUUUUAGUUAAUGGAAAACUUGAAGAAUUUGACAGUCCUUAUAAAUUACUGCAGAAUGUAAAUGGUACUUUUUAUAACUCGGUAAAAAACACGGGAGUUACUUCAAUGGAUGAGCUAUUUAAAAUUGCUGAAAAUAAAUAUUGUGUUCAAGAAUGCAUCAAAAGAACGAGAUUAUAA